UCGUCUUGUCCCGAAACAGUGUUUGUAGCUCAAAAAGUCAAUAUCAAGGCUUAGAUUGAAUUGAUUGGCACGAAACCAAAACCCCUGCAAAACCCUUCUCCCUUUGUCUUCUUCCUCAAAGCGUCAGAAACCUUCAACUGCGACGGAAAAAACAGGGACGACGGAAAAUAAUCAUGACGCCGGCGUUACAAAGCGUCGUUCGAAGAACGUCUCUCAACAACCGUUGCCUUUUCUAUUCAAAUUUACUUUCAAAACGAUCUGCUUUUUCUUCUCCUUCUCCCUCUACAGCAUCUUCAUCACAAGCCUUCUCGGAAUCUUCUGAUCCUCAUCUUGCUUCAAUUCGUUCUAUAACUAAAUCAUUUCGAUUCGCCUCUCUUUUCAAGUUUACCUUGAUUGGCACCAUUGCUGGAGCUCUAGCAACCGCCGGUUAUGCCACUUUUGCAUAUAGUACUGAUGAAGUAGAUGAGAAGACAAAGGACCUUCGAUCUUCGAUCAAGCAGUCCAUGGUAGAUGCUUCGUUCACUAUUAAUACACUUCCACAUCUGAUCUAUAUUUCUGCCAUGUCAGUUCCAUGUAAAGCUGUUAAUCUUUACCUGGACCUCAGGCGGUCAACAGAAGAACGUAUCCAGGAGUUUGCUGAACCUUACGCAGAGAAACUUCUUCCGGACAUGGUUCCAGUAGAAGAACAAAAUAGAGUCUUCACACUCAUUUUGGAUUUAAAUGAGACACUAAUUUGUACUGAGUGGAAGCGUGAGACAGGGUGGUAUACUUUUAAGAGACCAGGAUUGGAUGAUUUCUUGGAGCACUUGGCUCAAAUAUAUGAGAUUGUUGUUUAUAGCGAUAAAAUUUUGGAAGAACAGAUUAUUUAUAAGCUCAUGGAAAAAGGUGUGCGAUACGUUCUACAGAGGCCAGCCACAAAAUAUCAGGAUGGGAAGUUUUUCCGGGACCUCUCCAAAUUAAAUCGAGAUCCUAAAAGAGUUCUCUAUGUGAGUGGAUAUGCACUAGAAUCCUGCCUUCAGCCUGAAAAUUCUGUUCCUAUUAAACCUUGGAAAAAAGAAGUGCAUGAUACAGUACUGAUUGACCUCAUUCCAUUUCUUGAAUAUGUCGGAAUCAAUAAACCUGCUGAUAUAAGAGAAGUUAUUUCCAACUACCAAGGAACUGACAUACCUACUGAAUUCAUUAAUCGUUCUAAAAAAAUUCAAAGACACUAUAACAAACAAAGGGUCUUUCCCUGGAGUCGUGACUUGAGGUCGUAGCCUAGUAGAAGCUGCAUGUAUCCUCAUUUUCAUGUAAUGUUUAGUGAUCCGCCAGAGUUAAGUGGUGCAUGUUGUUCUUGGAACAUUACCAUUUGUAGUAUUCUAAAACAAAUUAUAUUCCAACAGUUACCGAACAGUACUGUAGCUAAUUAGGCAAUUAAAUGUUUAAUAGUUACAAUUGUUUAACUAUAAUUAUGCACUACAAACAACUAACAUCUACUCUAA